GCAGACCCUCUCCAAGGUACCAAGGUACUUACUUGCAAGCUGAGUGCUUGCAAGUAAGUCUCCCACUGCUGGCAGAGUUAAUUGGACUAAUUAAGAGGAAGGCAGGAACGCCUUCCAAUGCCUCCGAAAUUAAAUCUGGUCAUCCGCUUAACAUCUUAGCAACUAUUCCUGCCUCUCUGCCAGAUUCCUCAUCCCCCCAUUCCUGAAGGAGGUUUCGUGCAGGAUCUGGAGGGGUAUUUCUCCUAAAAAAAACCCCCUCUCCAAAAUUAAGAAGAAACAGAUCCUCUUUUGGGGGGGAUGAAGCAAGAAAGACACUUGCCAACCUCAUUAUUUCUCAAUCUGGUGCACGUUUGCCUGGCAACUCAGGCAAAUUAUGCACCCUAUUUCUUUGACAAUGGAGCCAGCAGCAAUAAUGGGAAUAUGGCCCUCUUCAGCCUCUUAGAAGAUACAGCUGUGGGUACACAUGUUUAUACACUAAAUGGAACAGAUCCAGAAGGAGAUCCGGUAACCUAUGGGCUGACCUUCGAAGCAGGUUCAAAGAAAUACUUUGCCGUGGAUGAAAAUUACGGAAAUGUUACCCUGAUUGCGGAGCUUGAUCGAGAGACACAAGACGAGAUUGAAGCAGUCGUGAAUAUUUCCGAUGGCUUAAGUACAGUGGCAGAGAAGGUCAGGAUCGUUAUAACAGAUGCAAAUGACGAGAAACCAGAAUUUAUCAACACGCCUUACAUCAUUCAAGUUCAAGAGAACACCCCCGUAGGGAGCAGCAUCUUCCAAAUUGAAGCAGUGGACAGAGACACCGGUUCAGGAGGCAGCAUUAAUUACUUUCUGCAGAAUAUCCAUACCAAUAAGUUUACCAUAGAUCGUCAUAGCGGUGUCCUUCGCAUCAAAACAGGGAUGAACCUCGACUAUGAAAAAUCAAGAACGUUUUUUGUGACUGCAGUGGCUAAGGAUGGUGGUGGAAAGCUCCGUGGGGAUCACAAGGUGUUUUCCGCCACAACUACCAUCACAAUCAAUGUUGAAGAUGUUCAAGACACGCCACCAAAUUUUGUGGGCACGCCCUACUAUGGAUACGUGUAUGAGGACACACUGGUGGGAUCAGAAGUUAUAACUGUGGUUGCCAUUGAUGGAGAUAGGGGAAAACCUAAUGACAUAUAUUACAGCAUUGUGAAUGGAAGUGAAGGCUCAUUUGAAAUAAAUAAUACAACAGGAGCUAUUUCUGUUGUUAAAAACCCAGCUCAACUGAAGAAAGAAGUGUACGAACUGAAAGUCCAGGCUUCUGAAAUCAGUUCAGAAGACAACGAGACUGCUCACGCGUCCACCACAGUCAUCAUCAGAGUGGUAGACCUUAACAAUCACCCACCGACCUUUUAUGGAGAAAGUGGACCACAGAACCAAUUUGAGCUCACCAUCUAUGAGCACCCACUGGAAGGGGAAACCUUGAGAGGCCUCAGAAUUACGGUCAGCGAUUCAGAUCAGGGAGCAAAUGCUAAAUUUAACCUCCACCUUGUUGGGCCGGAUGGAAUUCUCCGUGUUGUCCCCCAAACAGUCCUAAAUGAAGCCCAAGUCACAAUAAUAGUGGAAAAUUCUGUGGCCAUUGAUUACGAAAAGUUCCAGGAGUUAACCUUCAAGCUUCUUGCAGUAGAAGUGAACACACCUGAGAAGUUUAGUUCAACAGCUGAUAUUGUGAUUCAUCUAUUGGACACCAAUGAUAACGUCCCCCAUUUUUCAUCUGAUUACUAUGUCGCCAAGAUCCCAGAGAAUUCCCCCGGGGGCUCUAAUGUUGUUGCUGUAACUGCAAUUGAUCCAGACUCAGGCCUUUGGGGAGAAUUAAAAUACUCAAUUUACGGAACAGGAGCAGAUUUUUUUCUGAUUCAUCCAUCUACUGGGAUUAUCUACACUCAACCAUGGGAUCUAGAUGCAGAAAUCAACUCUAAGUACCAUUUUUUUGUGAAGGCAGAAGAUAUAGAAGGAAAACAUAGCUUGGCUGAAGUCUUCGUCACAGUCCUGGAUGUCAACGAUCACUCUCCAGAGUUCAGUGAGAAUAUUCAGGAAAAAACCAUGAUUAUUGGAUCCCCAGUAAAAGUUGAGGCAAUAGACGAAGAUGCAGAAGAACCCAAUAACAUUGUGGACUAUGCCAUUAUGCAGACUGAUCCAGCCAAUGUGUUUGAUAUUGAUCAAAGCUCUGGAGAAAUUAAACUGAAAUCUUACAUCCGAUCCAUGGAUGUCAUCCACAACAUCACUAAGAACAAAGAUUGCAUUUGGUCAGUGAUCAUCCAAGCGAAGGAUCGAGGGUCUCCAUCUUUUAGCACCACAGCUGUUCUGAAACUUGACAUCAGAGAAGAGACUCUUCACACAGGCCCAAUGGGUGCCUUUCUGAUGCAGACUAAAGAUAACCCAAUGAAAGCCUUAGGAGUCCUUGCUGGCAUCAUCGGGUUUAUGGUGAUGAUCAUCCUUUUGAUCUCCACUGUCACGUUCUGGCGGAAUAAAAGGUCUCCGAAGAUCGUACCGGCCCGACGGAUCAUCAAAAAAAGGCAGAAUUAUCAACCUCGGACCAUCAAGAUGGAGUGGUUGAGUUUCAAGAAGUCCUGCAGCAACGUGGCAGAGAAAUUUACCAUCAAGGAGGACACCGUCAGCUUGCAAAAUGAGAACAGCAAUAACAGCUCCCAGAUGCCGACUCUGCCACCUCCACCGCCAUCAGCGCCAAUCCCAUUACAUGCCCCGGUCUUCAAGAUCCAGGAGCCCACCUGGAAACUGUCCACGGUUUCAGGAUCUCUCAGCCCUAAGUUGGUAAACAAGCAGUCCAGGAAAAAAGGAGCUCUCUCCGCACAGGACACAGCUCUGGUGUCCGAGCUCAAGCAGAGAUUUGAGAUAAGGAAUUCAGCAAUCGGUCAACCUCACAUCUAACGCAAAGCAACGUAGGGCGUACAACUCUGUGUGUUAUUCCAAGACCAGGGUGUGAGCUGUUAUUUUGCAUUUUGUACUGUUUUCCCAUUGUCCCGGAAGCUCUAAGCCUUUGUGAUCUCUUAUCAAUGUUUCACCUGGAUCUGACUGGAUUGCAUGCCAUGCCUUUUCCUCUUUGCUUUGCCAUUGUUUCUCCUUUAAGAUUGUGAUGGUGUCUCACGCAGUUCUGUUACCUUUUUCAAUCCAAAUUACUCAGCCAAAAAAAAAAAUAAUAAUGGUGUUUAGUUUUUUUGUUGUUGUUGUUGCACCCAGAAAUAUGGGCAGAUUCUGGUCAAUCUUGUUUAGGGUUUUCCAGUGAUGUAAAAAAAAAAAAAAUCAGUUUGAAAGAUGCAUAAAAACCAAUUUCAUGUUAGGAAUUUCCCUGCGUGUCCCCAAAACUUAACAAGAUGUAAAAGCUUCAGCGGACUCCUUGCGUGUUAGAUGGCUUCUUCUGAAAUUUGAUGGGUCCUGAGUCCACUCGACAGAUUGGCCUGCCCCAACCAGACUGGGCCUUGAUUUGACCCUAUCCAUAAUUAGGUGCAUGUCAAGAAAUAUACAAACAUACAUCAUACAUAUAUUUGCUCUGUUCACACAAUUCUCAGAGACUGCUGGAAAAGACCCUGAAGUUUUCUUAACAAGAUUUUUCAGAAGUGAUUCACCAUUGCCUGCUUCCUAGGGCUGAGAGAAAGUGACUGGCCCAAGGUCACCCAUGUGGCUUCGUGUCUUAAGACCGAACUUCAACUCUUUCUCUCUCUCUCUUUCUCUCUCUCUCUCUCUCUCUCUCUCUCU